GCUAGUGAUAUAGAGGGGGCACUGCAGUCUGUGCAGGAUUAAGUAGUCCAACCAGUAUCGAUCCCAUACACAGGGUCUGUACUCAAAAAUCAAACACAAAAGGGGCUGUGCAAAAAUUGCUUUUCUUCCCGUCAGUUCGUGUUAUUUAAUGCUGAGUGAUAUUUUAGUGUGCAUCACUACAGAAAAUAGAAGUCCAUAGUGACGUCAUGCUAACUGAGAAUCACGGUCCAGUGUGUCAGUGUCGGAAAAUCAGGUGAAUUAUGGCCUGACUUGCACAAAAGUGACAGCUGUCAUGUCGCAGAAAGCAAGCCGUGCUACAUGUUCUAGUGAUUCGCCGCAAGCUUUAUUUGAGUGGACAGGGAAUUGGUCAACUCAAGGGUGGUGUGCAUUAGCUGCGACACAAAACAGCCGGAAUUUUCCACGACUACUUAGAUUGACAGAACAAGUGAAUAGACCGAUGAUCAAGGCACGCUGCUCGCAACAUGAGGGUGCAUCUUCAAAUCUGUGAGCUGUGAUAGGCUGAGUCUUUCUAACUGGAAACAGAUUGAUGGAGAGGAAGUGUAGUGACAAUCUUAAAAGGGACAUUCAGAGUGCCACACUGGAGGAGGAGAUCUCCAGUGAAAAUCCCUCCAAGAAAAGUUGCACUUCAUCAGACACCAUGAUUGGCAAAGAUGGACAUGAAAAAAUAACCUUACCUCAUCUGGAUCUAGCAUCUGAGCAUGAUCUUCCAGACUCACAGAUGUCGCUAGAUUUGUUCUCACCACCAACCAAUGCCAUGUCACAGGAGUUUGAACCGUUUGCUCUUCCUUCAUUACAUGGCUUACCUGGCAGUAAUGAGGUGCCAUCAUCUCCAGAGAUCAAGGAUGACACGGAGGAGCCAGCCGUGUUAUCUCAAAUGUCGUACAUUGAGGAGGAAGAUAAAGAAUGUGGGAGAACUACACCCACAGAGGAAAACAAACACCUCCACAGUUUGUCAGAACCAUACCCUCAAACAUCAUCAGGCAACACUCCCAGACAUACUCCAGACAAAACACAAAGUGCCAAAGAGGAAAACCGAGAUGCUUUAACAAGCAGGCAUGAAGUCUCAGACGAACCCCUUUUAAGACCUAACCCUGGACGCUAUGUCAUUUUGCCAAUCAGAUAUCCACUCGUUUGGGAAUUUUACAAAAAAGCACAAGCAUCGUUUUGGACGUGUGAGGAAGUAGAUCUUGGAAAAGAUCUGACAGAUUGGCAGAAUUUAAAGCCAUCUGAACAACAUUUCAUCAAGCACAUCCUGGCAUUCUUUGCAGCAAGUGACGGCAUCGUCAAUGAGAAUCUAGUAGAGAGGUUUGGUCAAGAAGUUCAGAUUCCUGAAGCAAGAUGUUUCUAUGGCUUCCAAAUGGCAAUGGAGAAUGUGCACUCUGAGAUGUACAGUCUCCUCAUAGAAAGCUACAUUCAGGAUUCUUCAGAGAAGACACAGCUUUUCAAUGCAAUGGAAACAAUGCCAUGUGUCAAGAAGAAAGCAGACUGGGCCAUACGAUGGAUCCAUGCCAAGGAAGCUACAUUUGGAGAGAGGCUCAUUGCAUUUGCUGCAGUGGAAGGCAUCUUCUUCUCUGGAUCGUUUGCUGCAAUAUUUUGGUUGAAAAAGAGGGGUUUGAUGCCUGGACUGACAUUCUCCAAUGAGCUGAUAAGCCGUGAUGAGGGUCUCCAUUGUGACUUUGCCUGCCAUCUCUUCACGUACCUUGUCCGCCGGCCAACUCCCACCAGGAUCCAGCAGAUCAUCACAGAUGCAGUAGAGAUUGAAAAACAGUUCUUUCUGGAGGCUUUACCAGUUCGUCUGAUAGGGAUGAAUGCUGAGUUGAUGUUACAGUACAUUGAGUUUGUGGCUGAUAGGCUGCUGAUAGAGCUGAAUUGCCAAAAGAUUUACAACAGCCCCAACCCCUUUGACUUCAUGGAAUCCAUUUCCCUUGAAGGCAAGUCCAAUUUCUUUGAGAAGCGCGUGGCCGAGUACCAGCGUGCAAAUGUGAUGGCACCAAAUGACGACAGGCAUGUCUUCACACUGGAUGCUGAUUUUUAGAUGCCUUCUUUUUAUUCAAGAAGUAGUUCUUAUGACUUUUAGGUCAAGGUUCCACCAUGGUAUCUGGUGUUUAAGGUUUAACACUAGUGAAUCUUUUUAAAUUUUUGGUUUACCAAAGAAAUUAUUCUAAGUAUGAAGCUACAGUGUCUGUAAUAUUCUGGUGUGUACAAGUUGUUGGGUACUUGGCAGUAUCUAUUAUAGGAGCCCUAGUAUGAUAUUUGGAAAGUCACAGGUUGAGGGUUUGAAGUGCAGUUUGAGGUUUUGUAUAGUACAUUAACCACUUGCUGCCGAGUGGAUUUUUCUUGAGCAAGACAAGAUACCGGGUCAUUUUCAAGAUUUGCCG